AAACACUACAGUGCUGACAGAAUUGUCUCCCCAUCAUUACAGGACAGGGCAGCAGGAUGGUAACGACUGACUAAAACUUCUGUGAGUUCAUUCUGGAAAAUCUUCAAGGAUUCUACUCACCAACGUUACCAAUGGUAAUAAAGAGGAUUGUCAUCCUGUAUAGAACUUUCUGUGAUAGAGCUUAACGACACAGAUCCAGGGUCAAUACAGCACCAGAAUGGAGACUGACGCCAUGACACAGUACACGUGUAGCUUCUGCAGCGAAGACUUCAGCAGCAAUCAGCGCCUACAGAAACACUUAAAGAAGCAUGGGAAGAAGGUGGCACACCAGUGUACUGUAUGUGAUAAAACGUUUUCAACCCCAGCGAACUUUGACCGACAUAUGAAACUGCACACGGGGCUGGGGUCCUUCACAUGUGACGUGUGUGAUAAACGCUUCUCGGUGUCGGGACACCUGACCAGACACAUGAGAGUGCACACGGGGGAGAAGCCAUAUAAAUGUCACCUGUGUGAUAAAGCGUUUUCGACUUCCGGCAACCUAACCAGACAUAUCAAAUACCAUAACGGGGUUCAGCCAUACAAGUGCGAAAUUUGCGGAAAAGCGUUUACAGUUUCAGAUAACCUUGCAAGACAUAUUCGGUCCCACACUGGAGAGAAACCGUUUAAAUGUUCACUUUGCGAGAAGGCUUACAGUGACUCCAGCAACCUGACUGAACACAUGCGUGUUCAUACGGGGGAACGCCCUCACAAGUGCACAUUGUGCCCCAAGUCAUUUGCAUAUUCAUCAAGCAUCAACCAGCACAUGGCAAAGCACAGGCAAGAAAAGCCCUUCAUUUGUGGGGAAUGUGGCAAGAAGUUUUCACGCACGUCCAUUCUCAAGGAACAUCUGAGGACACACACAGGAGAGAGACAUAAGUGUGAGACAUGCGGCAAGAAGUUCAAAUGGGAUUCCGACUUCCGUAAACAUAUGAAGGAUCACACCAGGAUCAUGUUGGGGAUUUGCAAACCGCGCACCAGGGGAAGACCAGCCAAGGUCAAGGCUGUAUCAAGCAAUAAGGACAUCACUGGCAGCCAUAUUGACAUUGGAAAUAUUGUGGAUGGUGAUGGUGGUCUGCAUAAUGAUGCUGUUGUUGACAGUGUUGUCACUGAUGUUGAUGAAGAGGGGAUUGUAGAGGAGUAUUUUUCCGAGAACUGUGUUGUCAACAAAGGCAAUAUAAGCCAGAAUGUGGAUGUUGAUGAAAGUAAUAUGUAUGAUCAUGAUGAUGACAUCCAUCCAAAUGAUGUGGUUGACAAUGAUGAUUGUGAUGAUAGUAAUAUUUAUGAUGAGGUUGACAGUGGUGAUGAUAAUUAUGAUGACAUGUCUCACAAGAAGGAAAUGGUUGACAGUGAUGAGUUGGUUGACUAUGAUGUGAAAGAAGACAAUGUUUACACAGUUGACAUUGCGGAUAAGAUUGACUGGUAUGAAAACAGUGAAAAUGUAACAACAAAGAGUGGAAAGAGAUGAUGAAUGAAUGAGAAAUGACACCUUACCUUCCCCUAAUAAUCCCCUACACUGUAUGUCUACAAGGAUUAUUCCAGAUGGUCUUUAACUAUCAUCCAUACAAGUUGUUCAUCUGUAUGCAUGAUCAUGAUUUUUUGUUGUUGUUGUUGUUGUUCAUGUUUCCCAGUACUAGGAUUGCACAGUGAGUGAGUGAGUUGUGUUUAAUGCCGCUUUUUACAGUAUUCCAGUUAUAUCGCGGCGUAUCAGCUUAAUGUGGGAAGAAAGCCCAAAGAGAUGCAGGUCUCAGACGUUUACCACUUCGG